AUGGCAAGCACCAAUGUGACAACACCGGCUAGGGUGUGUAUCGACAGCGAGCUGGCCAUCCUUAUUGAGCUUGCGAUAGCCUGUAUCGAAGGCAUUACUUGCGAUGAUCUCGCAUGCUCAGAGAGCUGUUCGGUGGUGCACGCUUGCAACAUCAAUGCCUGGGAAGUUGAUCAAUGUGUGGGAGGCGGAGUAACAAGUUGGAAGGCAAGGCGUAGACAGGGUGAAAGAAAUGGGCGCGACCUCGUUCUGAUCCAGGAUCUGGGAGUGGUGAUGUUUGAGCCUCAGAAUAUGCAUCCAUGUCGUGAAGCCAGGGGAAAUCGGUUCAAGUUGUCAGACGGCUAA